CGCUCAUGCAUCUGAUUAUGACCGUUUCUCUUCCUUGUUUUGAUCAGAGAGAGAGAGAGAGAGAGAGAGUGAAACGAAAUUGAUCGGCCAGUGAGUUACGACGACGAGGACGGAGAAAGACGAAAGAAGGCGAUGACUUCUUCAGAGACGCCGACGCAAUCUUACAGCGAGAAAUGGUAUUGGGACGAUCGUUACACGAACGAAUCUGAACCGUUCGAUUGGUACCAGAAGUAUCCGUCAUUAGCUCCUCUCAUUAAUCUCUAUGUUCCUCACCGUAAUCAACGAGUCCUCGUCGUUGGCUGUGGAAACUCAGCGUUUAGCGAAGGGAUGGUGGAUGAUGGAUACGAAGAUGUUGUCAGUAUCGAUAUAUCCUCUGUUGUGAUUGAUACUAUGGUUAAGAAAUACUCUGAUCGUCCUCAGCUCAAAUGUGCGUUUUCUCUUUCUUUUUUUUGGUUUUGA